AAAAACGUAAACGUAAAUUGUACGUUGUUUGCGUCAUAUGACGCCAUCACGUGAGCUGGUCAACAACUCAGCUGUUGUGACGCUUGCUUCAAGUACAAUCAAAAAUGUUAGAACUACAGGGCAACGCCGAUUAAAACAUUUUUAGUUACGUUUUCCCCAUUUAUAUUGUCUCUCAGUUACAUUGGUAUAUCACUAAUACAUAGUAUGGUUCCACACUGCUUCACUAUAGUCCAAUAAAAUGUGUUUUUUCCGGUCGCCUGACUGCGAUUUUGGCGUUCGAGGGAAAUGAGAAAAUACGAGCUUUUACAAAGGCCGUAAAGGCAACAUGAGACAAGCGAAGGAAAAAAGGGGGGAAGACAUCCACGUAUCGUCUCUCCUGCAUCCCAGCCGUGUAAUGUCCUCAAUGUCCAACGGUUCGUGUAUCGGAUGAAACGCUGCUCGCAGUCAAGCCGAUAACGGGGUCCACAGUGGCGGGGUGACGCGGAACAACCCACAUCGGUCCCGUUAGCUGCGACUCGCGAGAGGGACUAAAAAUGGAGCUGGAAGACGGAGUCGUGUACCAGGACGACCCGGGGACAUCGGCGAUGAUGUCUGAGCGGGUGUCGGGCCUGGCCAACUCCAUCUACCGCGAGUUCGAGAGGCUCAUCGGCAAAUACGACGAGGACGUGGUGAAGGAGCUGAUGCCGCUGGUCGUGGCGGUGCUGGAGAACCUGGACUCGGUGUUCGCGGAGAACCAGGAGCACGAAGUGGAGCUGGAGCUGCUGAAGGAGGACAACGAGCAGCUCAUCACCCAGUACGAGCGCGAGAAGGCGCUGAGGAAGCACGCGGAAGAGAAGUUCAUCGAGUUCGAGGACACACACGAGCAGGAUAAGAAGGACCUGCAGAACCAUGUGGACCGAAAGGAGUCCCAUUCACGGCAACUGGAACUCAAGAUCAAGAACUACGCCGACCAGAUUGGCAGGUUAGAAGAACGUGAAUUGGAGCUCAAGAAAGAAUACAACUCACUCCACCAGCGACACUCCGAGAUGAUCCAUAACUACAUGGAGCACGUGGAGAGGAUCAAAUUGCAGCAGAUAAGUGAGACUUCGGAGUCGAGCGCAGUCGCCCGAGUCAGGAGAGAGCGGCCCCUGUCUCUGGGGAUCUUCCCGUCCCCCGGUGGAGCGUCUCCGCUCAUCCCCGACUUGCUGGCCAGGGCGGAGACCCCGGGCACGGAGGGCUGGAGGUUCAUUGAGCCGGCGCGCUCCAACACCAGCUUCAAGCAGUUGGACUUUGUCAACCCCCCCAAGGCAAAGGAGGGUAAGGGUGCGCAGGACUCUACUUGGGGGAAUUCACUGGCAGAUGACUGCAAGGACGAGCUGUCGGUCCUCACCGGCUCCAAGUCGCCCCCCCCCAUUUCCUGCACGGCCUCCGACGGGAGCAGCAAGGGCCCGGAGGAGCAGGCUGCACCGGGGGGCGGGUCCGCGUCAGAGGGUUUGCCUGACAAUGAGAAGAGCUCAGAUGUGCAGGACAUCAUUGAGACGACCCCCGAGCUGGACAUGGAUGUCAUUGGAUACAAACCCUGCAGCACUCCUACCAAAGGGAUCGAGAACAUGGCGUUUGACCGAAACACAGAAUCUCUGUUUGAAGAGCUGUCCUCUGCAGGCAAUGACAUCAUAGGGGACGUGGAUGACGGGGCCGACCUGCUGGUGGAGUACUCUGACCUUAGUUUGAUUGGAAUGGGCCGGGAGGUUGAAAAUCUCAUUCAGGAGAAUUCUCAGCUGCUUGAGACAAAGAAUGCCCUGAACGUGGUGAACAAAGACCUGAUAUUGAAGGUGGACGAGUUGACCUGCGAGAAGGAGAUGUUGGAGGGAGAGAUGGAGGCUGUGCUGCAGGCCAAGAGCAAGCUGGAGGACAAGAAUAAAGAGAUGGAGGAGGAGCUCAAAAAGGUUCGACUGGAGAUGGAGGAAGCGAAACACAAAACUAAAGAGGAAGAAGACAGCGAUGUUCCCACGGCACAGAGGAAGCGCUUCACCCGAGUGGAGAUGGCCCGCGUGCUGAUGGAAAGGAACCAGUACAAAGAGCGACUGAUGGAGCUGCAGGAAGCAGUGCGGUGGACGGAGAUGAUCAGGGCCUCGAGAGAAAAUCCAACACUCACAGAGAAAAAGAAAUCCAGCAUCUGGCAGUUCUUCAGCAGACUGUUUAGCUCUUCCUCCAGUUCGCCCACUAUGAAGAAGGUGGAGUCCCAGUCCAGCAUGAAAUACAACGCACCGGGCAGCAUGGUGAAGAGGAGCAGCACUUUCUCCCAGUUCCCUACAGAGAAGUCAAAGACUUUUGACUUCCUCAAUGAAGAAAAGGACCAGUGCAGCUCGCCGUCGCGCAAAGAGCAGAAGAGAGCCCAGUACCGGCAGGUCAAGGCCCACAUGCAGAAGGAGGAUGGACGAGUCACGGCACACGGCUGGAGCCUGCCCAGCAAAUACAAGGUGGCAAAUGGUGGACAAGUGGAGAACAAAAUGAACUUACCUGUACCAGUAUACCUGAGACCUCUGGAUCAGAAAGAUGCUUCUAUGAAGCUGUGGUGUGCUGCAGGGGUCAACCUCUGUGGGGGAAAGACAUUACCAGAGCUCAUGAAGCAGUUAAAGGGCUCUCAGAGUAGUCUGGACCAGUUGGAACAGGAGAGCAAGGACCAGGAGAAAGGGGAGCAGGAGAAGGAAGUGAUCCUUCAGGAUGAGGUGUCCAGUAAGGUGUGGGUGUGCACCAGCACCCACUCCUCCACCAAGGUCAUGGUGUUGGACGCCAUUCAGCCCUCCGACUUACUCGACAGCUUCUACGCCUGCAACACCCACAUCGUCUGCAUUGCCAGCGUGCCGGGUGUCCUGGAGACGGAUUAUUCGGCAGGCGAAGAGGCACCUCAAGACCCGGAAGCCGGCCAAGGGGACAGAGUCUCACUGGCCGGCAGCGUGGGCUCAGCGGGCAGCGACGGCGCCGCGGCGACGGAGGGGACCACCGCCGUUCCCCAGACGGCCAUCGCAGGUGUCACCGAUCAGCCGGCUGAGCACAGUGGCAUCUCCAGCUCAGUGGAGCUGUCCAGAGAGACCAGUCCAGCGGAGGGCAGCGUUCCGACGGCGGAGGAGGCCACGGAGGCUAACGCUGGCGUGGGCGACGAGGGAGAGGAGGAGCAGGGAGCGGAUCCCAACCAGCCGGGAAUCUACACGGAGCAUGUGUUCACCGACCCACUGGGGGCGGGGCCCACGGACCCCCCCUUGGCCCGCGCACAGAGGGGCUGCGGAUAUGAUGGCGAGACUUCCUUUCCAGAAAACCCAGACCCUUCAGAUGGGGAAGUCCUCAGGAUGAGCAGCGCACUUCCCACCAUGUGGCUGGGGGCUCAGAAUGGAUGUCUUUAUGUGCACUCAUCCGUGGCUCGAUGGAGGAAGUGUCUUCAUGCCAUCAAGCUGAAAGACGCCAUCCUCAGCAUCGUGCACGUUAAAGGGAGAGUCCUGGUAGCUUUGGCCGAUGGGACGUUAGCGAUAUUUCACAGAGGCACCGACGGUCAGUGGGAUUUAACCAACUACCACCUGUUGGAUCUGGGUCGGCCUCACCACUCCAUCCGCUGUAUGGCCGUGGUCCAUGACAAGGUGUGGUGCGGUUACAGAAACAAGAUCUAUGUCAUCCAGCCCAAGGCCAUGAGGAUCGAGAAGUCGUUUGACGCUCAUCCCCGCAAGGAGAGUCAGGUGCGGCAGCUGGCCUGGGUCGGAGACGGCAUCUGGGUGUCCAUCCGACUGGACUCCACGCUCCGCUUGUUUCACGCCCACACCUACCAGCACCUCCAGGACGUGGACAUCGAGCCCUACGUCAGCAAGAUGUUGGGUACGGGUAAACUGGGCUUCUCCUUCGUGAGGAUCACAGCCCUGGUGGUGUCCUGCAGCCGACUGUGGGUGGGGACGGGGAACGGCGUCAUCAUCUCCAUCCCUCUGUCUGAAGCCAACCAGACGACGGGAACGGCGGCGGGCCGCCCCGGCAGUGCCGUGCGGGUGUACGGUGACGACGGAUCGGACGGUGCCACACAGGGCGGCUUCGUGCCGUACUGCUCCAUGGCGCACGCGCAGCUCUGUUUCCACGGACACCGGGAUGCCGUCAAGUUUUUUGUCACAGUGCCGGGUCAGGCGAUGCCGCCCCCAGGCGACUCCGGCUCCGAUGACCCUCCGUCGGAAUCCUCUGACGCAGCAACCUCCGAGCCCAGGACGUGCUUGGUCAUGAGCGGCGGCGAGGGCUACAUUGACUUCAGAAUGGGUGAUGAAGGCGGCGAGCUGGACGCUUUAUCGGAGCCGGCAGCCAGCCAGCAGUCGCCCCCCACCAAGGCCGAGCAGAGCCACCUCAUCGUGUGGCAGGUCACGGCCUCCCGUGAUUGAAUAAGAGAUUGUUGGACGCCAGGGCCGCCCACCAAACCCCUGCAUGUCCUUCUCAAAGCUUUUAAUUUGGUAUUAUUGAUUGUUCCUAAUGCCUCUGAGUUCACUACUUUGUAAGAAAAACAAACAAAAAAAAAACAAUUAUUUUUAGUCUGUUUUGUACAGUUCGUUCUUUAUGAAUUUGAAUUAGGUAAGUCGAAGUUUAUGUUCUUUUAGAAUAAGUCCAAAUGUUGGAGAGCCGGUGCUCACUGGAAAAGUAGUUUGAUCAGUUAACGUACUGAAGUCUGCCUCAAACAUGUUAUAAGGACAUGAAGGAUGAAAAGGAAAAGCGCUUGAAGCUAUUUUGCAUUUAUUGAAGUAUAUUUUAUAUGAGGCAGGUGAGACUUUUCCAUUUGUAAACCACAGGUCUGUUGGUGUGCGUGAAGGUGUCACUAUGCAUUCACUACAUUCAACCUUCUUAUUUUAACCAUUCAGGCUGAGCUCAAAUCAGGUUCCCUCCGAGUUAAAUUGCAAACACAAUUUCAAUUCAAGGUUCAAAUGUAUUGAAUGUGUCAACAGAGACUAAUUACUCCACUGUAUGGUCUAAUUAUUAGUUGCAUGCACGUACCAGUCGUUGAUUAAAUGUGCAUUUACUCAUCAAGAGUUAAAGGAUGAAACAGAAUUUGCAUUAAUAGUGAAUAACACAGUUUAUGUUUUAGGACACAAGCAGUUUGGGUCCUGCCACUAAGCAGGUUAGCAUUAACCUGCAUCUUCGUGUGUGUGUGUGUGUGUGUGUGUGUGUCGGCUCAAACGCUUCCAACCCGUCAUGGAGAAUCUGCCCUGGUGCUUCCUGUGUGCUUCAGCUCUUUGGCACUUUAAAAUGUUAGACGUUAGUCGCUUGAGGUUGGGAGGAACGCUUAUGCUGAUGUACACUACAAAACUGUGUGGUAAUAACCGGAGGAACGGAACAAAACGUACACAUUUCUGUAGCUGUGUGUGUCUGUGUGUGUGUGUGUGUGUGUGUCGCCCCGGGAACCAAAGGACGAAAGAAGAAGCACCGUUUUUUUUAAAUUUUUUUUAACAAAUGUAUCGUGAGUCCGAGCAUUGAGGGGAUUCACAUGUGUUUUUAGGGUGUCGCCCUGAGUGGAAAUGAAUGCUUGAAUAAGGGAAUACGACUAAAGAUAACAUUGUUUUGUUGCACCUCAUAAUGGUCACUGAAGGAGUCUGUCCAGACGCCUCCAUCAUUCCUUCUUUUGUUGUUUGCAAAUACAUUUUUGGGCCUGGAAGGCAAUUCUCUUUUGGACAUUACAUCAUGUGUCAUUUAGCUGAUGCUGUUAUCCAAAGCAACUUACAUCACAUUUUAACCCAUGGGAGCAAUCAGGGGUUGGGUGUCUUGCUCAGGUCUACACACCUCUACAUGGAGCAGCUGGGAUACGAACCAUCAACCUUCCGUCCCCCGGCGCUCCACGCGCCACCAUCGCCCCGUUACUUAUGUUUUGAGCUCGUGGGACGGUUUUAUUUAGUCAUUUGAUGGCGUUAGAUAGAAGGACAACUUCAUUAAGCAGGUGUCUUAAUUAGUUUUUAUAUCUGAAACGUUGGGCCAAGUUUGGUCUUCAGUCCAUUUCAAAAUGUUAACUUUCAUUUUUCUUUUGCCAUUCCAGUAUUUAUUUCCUUUGUCAAUGAGCCUGUGUUGGUUCAGAAUGUAACUUUCUACAUGAGCAAAAUGAAUUGGCAGGCUACUAGUAAACAAAAUCGUCCAAUGAGUUUACGUGAUUGUUAAUGAUGGUCAAAUGUAAUAAAUAAAUGUAAUUUUGAUAAGCCGUGAAAUCAAGGUGUGCCAACAAUAACUUGAUGGUUUUAGAAAAACACACUAAUGUACUAAGCUAUGCAUGUUUGUUUGUUUACAAAGAAGACUCCCUAUGUUUCCAUCAGUCUAAUGCCACCGUUUUGGGUGGGGUGGAAGUCUAAUGUGUGGUUGUGUGUACAGUACAUGUGUAGGAGCCACAUUUGUCCGUGUGUGUGUGUGUGUGUGUGUGUCUGUCACAUUUACCCGUUGCACCGGGCGUCUCUGGACAUGGUUCCUCCUCAUCAAUGUUUGUUAAAACAGCAUCAUAGUCUUAUUUUUAACAAUCUAUUAAACUCAAUUUCAUGGA